GCCCAUCCACCGAUCCACCCCACACCCAACAAAGCAAACCCAAUAUUUCUCCCUUUCAUUUCAUUUCUCCGCGACUCCACCACCACACCCACCACUCCUCUUCUUCUUCUUCUCCUUCUCCUUCUCCCUCAGCAGUCUGUGACAAGUUCCCUCAAAGCCUUCCACCAUUCCAGACCCUCAAAGAGAAAGGGACGCCUCUUCUAGGCUCCACCACAUCCAGUUAGCCACUCUCUCCCCUCACUCCUUAUGCCCUCGAUCUCUAUCUUCAUCUUCUUCUUCUUCAUCUUCUUCAUCCUCUUCUUCCUCUUCCUCUUCUCCGAUGUUCUCCACCCCAUUUGUGCUCUCCUUCGCCCUCUUCCUCUCCCUCCCUCUCCUCUUCCUCCUCGCCCCUCAUUUCCUCCCUCCCAACAACCAAAUCCCCAUCCCCGCCGCCGAUGAAAUCGACGACCAGGCCCUCUUCUCCCGCGCCGUCCGAUCCAAAUCCUCCUUCACCCGCUUCUCCCUCGAUUCCAAAACCAAACCCAAAAUCGCCUUCCUCUUCCUCACCAACACCGACAUCCACUUCGCCCCCCUCUGGCAACGCUUCUUUUCCAAAACUGCCCCCAAUCUUUUCAAUAUUUACGUCCACGCCGAUCCUUCUAUCAACAUCACCAUCCCUCCCGGUGUUUUCCGCGACCGUUUCAUCGCCUCCAAGCGGACCUAUCGUGCCUCCCCUACCCUCAUCUCCGCCACGCGCCGAAUGCUCGCCACCGCCAUUCUCGACGAUCCGGCCAAUACCUUCUUCGCUGUCCUCUCCCAGCACUGCGUGCCUCUCCAUUCCUUCAGAUAUGUCUACCGCUCCCUCUUCGCCUCCCCCACUUUUGACAAGUCCCGGCUGCCCACCGACUCCGACGCCCAGUUGACUCGGAUGGGAGUCAAUGUCCGCUACAGGAGCUUCAUCGAAAUCCUCUCCAAAUCCAACAAUCUCUGGAAACGCUACGCCGCCAGGGGGAGGUUUACCAUGAUGCCGGAGGUCCCUUUCGACAAGUUCCGGGUCGGGUCGCAGUUCUUUAUGCUCACGCGCCAUCACGCAUUGGUGGUUUUGAAGGACCGGCAGCUGUGGAAGAAAUUCAAAUUGCCGUGUUAUCGGGAAGACGAGUGUUACCCUGAAGAGCACUACUUUCCCACCCUAUUGUCAAUGGCGGAUCCGGAUGGGUGUACCCAUUAUACUCUGACCCGGGUUAAUUGGACGGGUACGAAAAAUGGCCACCCCUACACUUACCGACCCGGUGAAGUGUCGGCAAAGCUUAUUUAUCAACUACGUCAGUCAAAUUAUUCCGACUCUUACUUGUUCGCGAGGAAAUUCUCGCCGGAUUGCUUGAAACCCUUGUUGGAUUUAUCUGAGAAUGUCAUUUUCCGGGACUGAGGCAUUUACCCUGGUUAAAAAGGGCCAGUGAAGAUAAAUUAAUUUUUGAAGUUGGAGAUACUGAUUGGGAAGGUGGUUUUGGAGAGGCGCAAGUAGAUUUGCCCACAAACCACAAAAACCCAUAGGAAGGUUCCAACUGAGUGUCUGUCUCGGACAAGAACAAGAACAAGAAGAUAAUGUUUAUCACCAAAGACAGUGUGCGAGAGAGAGAGACUUGAGCAAGAAAGUGAGUGCAGUGCAAAUGUAGAGAAGAGAAACAAAAGGCAAGGUACUUGUUCUUUUUUUACUGCCAAAUUUGUAUUUUGUGGUGUUUGAUAGUGGGAGUUAGUACACUAAAACCAGCAAGCAAAGCAAAGCAAGCAGGACAUAGUGUAACAGUGUUAGUUAGCAGAAGGUCCUUUGUCUUCUUGGAUGCGUGUAAUUUGUACAUACAUAUAUGAAGUGGGAAUCUUGAUCAAUCUUGUACCCCUUUUGACAAAAAUAAACAAAGGUCACUGUAAUCAGGGGCACAUUAUUUCUGACCCUGAUCUAGUAGAAGAAACCGGAUCCAAUGCUUCAAUUCCUAUCCUUUUCUUUUCUCCCUUUUCUUGCCACCUUUCCCUUUUUCACUGUAAUUACCUUGAACUUCUACCAUGUUACGCCGACUAGGUAUGAACCUUCCAUUGAUGUAAUGAUAGCUAGUUAUUAUUUACAGAAUAGACAGAAAAUGGUUAUGGGGAUAAAUAGUCAUAUGUUGGGUACCUUGAAAAAAAUUGAAUUUCGUAGAUUUCUACCAGUAUGGAGGAACUUCCAGUAUGAGCUGCAUA